UCGUCCCAAGCUCUACCCGCGACGUAUGGCGCAAUUGGGAACAAUACAGCCGUCGCGAAGGGCACAAACGGUCAACGGUCCAUCGCGCCGCGACCGACCGCGGCGCAUCACUCGCCGUUACAGCCGUUACAGCCGUUACAGGAGCGACUCGUACACCACCCGUACGACGCUCGCGUGCCGAUGGUCGCCGCGCGUUCGCAGUUGCAGCCGUUGGUACAGCCGUUGCAUCCAUCCGCGGCGGGGUUCGAACAGAUGUGCGCCGCGGAGGCGGAGGCUCGGAUGCUCAAGACGAUCCGGCUGCGCGCGGCGGAGCUCCGUCGCGAUCGCAAACGAGCCGCGAAGGAGGCCGCCGAGCUCGCCGCGAAGGAAACCGCCGCGGGGAUGGAGCGGGAGAGGGCGAGGACGAUCACGCCGGAGGUGCGCGCGGAGCCGCCGCCGGCGAGGGGGGGGCAGAUGGGCGUCGGCGGCGGGAGCGGGUCCGAGGGUGACACGGCCGGCGACGUGACGGGCGCGGAGAACGCGUCGACGAGCACGCGGGGGACGUCGACGGCGGAGGCGUGACGAUAUCCAUAUGACGAUGUACGCGCAUGUAACAACGAAACGUAGCCUACG